UAGAGGGACUAAAAGUGCAAUUAGACAUUCCAUCCCCUUCUUCUAGGUUUCAACUUUCAACCUGAAUCACAGUGCAACCCUAAUACAAUCCUCCGAUCAAUCAUGCGUCCAUCUUAUGACUUCUCUUUCAGUCGGGCUAGAUCUGGCACGCUUUCCUUCUAUGCUCGUCGUCGUCCAUGGAGAGAGCUAUUGACCCACCCGUCUUCCUAUACCCUACCCAUUUCCGUCAGCGAUUUCGCAUCUCGGGUCAAGCGAAAUCUCAGCUACUUUCGGGUCAACUAUGCAAUGAUUGUACUGGUUAUACUCUUCUUAAGCCUUUUAUGGCAUCCAAUUUCAAUGAUUGUGUUCUUAAUCGUGUCCGUAGCUUGGUUUUUCUUAUACUUCCAUCGCGACGAACCGUUGAUGGUUUUUAAUCGUAUGAUUGAUGAUAGGAUUGUUCUGGUUGUUCUCGGAGUUGUUACGGUGGUGAGCUUGAUGCUCACUCAUGUUUGGUUGAAUGUGUUGGUGUCGAUUGUUGUAGGGAUUGGGUUGAUUUUUUUGCAUGCAACUUUUAGAAUUACAGAGGAUUUGUUUCUGGAAGAGGAUGAUGCGGCUGAUGGUGGAUUGCACUCUUUUGUUGGUACCUAUGUGUGAUUAUGAAGCUAUAAUAAGUACAGAUCUGGAAAAUAGCAAAUACAAAGCUACUGCGCAAUCAAAUGGAGGAAUUGAUACACGAAUUAUUUGGAAUGAUGAUUCGAUUUUGUUGUCCAAUACUAUCUGCUUCUGUAAUCUGAUUUAUGCUGUUUGACUGAACUCGAAUUUAUGCAUUAAUUAGGUUAAGUGAGCUUUUCAUACCAAUCAAUAAUACCUCAAUCCUGAAUUGUUUGAAUAGGUCAUAUGAAUCGUCUAAUAUUCAAUUUGAUUUGUAUAGAACAUUGUUCAAAUGUCAACACUCAGAUCACAAUAUUUCUACUUUUUUGGGGUUUA